AUGCGCCACCGUGCGCUCGACUCCGUCUGCGCCUCCUGUCGCCAUUGCUCCCAAUCAAGGACCGCCCUUCGUUUCCCUACACGUCGCUUCAUUCACAUCAGCGCAACCCCAUCGGCAACGGAGCCGCAGCAGCAUUUAGAUACCCGUGAAGCCGGUCCCGGCUCGAAUUCCACUCCUGAUGCGCGCUUCGAAGUGCUAGGCACUCCCUUCUCCCUCCUCUCCGCCUCCAUCUCCGCGUCUCAGAACCUAUACACCCGCAAAGGCACGCUUGUUGGCUUCAAUGGCAAGGCCGAAAACGCUGUCUCCACCCUGUCCCUACUCGAGCCUUUCCGUCGAAUCCUCUUCGGAAUCCCCUUCGUCUACCAACGCGUCUCCUCCACAACGCCGUACACCGCUUUAAUUUCCACCAAAUCCGCCAUUACCUCGCUGGUGGUUGUGCACCUCGACGGAAGAUUAGAUUGGAUGGUAGCGCAACGGAAUGCGCUGUUAGCAUGGACGGGACAUACACUGCAGCUUUCACCGCGCGUGAACAGAAAAUUGAGCUUGGCUCAUUGGGGUAGCACAUCCGUCUCCGGACGCGGCCUCCUCGCCCUCUCAGGAAAAGGCCUGAUCCACCAAAUCACCCUCAAGACCGGCGACGAAUAUGUCAUUCAUCCGAGCAACAUCAUCGCGUACAGCGUCAUGCAACACGCGCCGCAGCCAUAUCGUUUCAAAGCUAGCAGCAUGAGAUUCCAGAUUCCCAAUCCGCUUUCCUGGCUGCCGGACACGCGCUUCUGGCGGACCAUGCGGGAGACGGCGGUGUGGAGGUUCUUCCGGGAUGCUUCGUUUACGAUUCGGACUUGGGCGCGGCGGACCAUCUGGGGCGAUCGGCUAUUUCUCCACUUCCACGGCCCAGCAACGAUUCUGGUGCAGUCACGAGGCUCUUCUCUCCGCGAUGUACUGACCACACGUGACGUGAAUGAGCUCGCGGACACUCCAGCGGGUGUUGCGCCGAAGGCUAUCGCCCUGCAGUCAGCGGCCGAAGCAGGCACAUCAACGCAAGCGCCGGGAUCGCAGGCUCGGCCAGCAACUCUCAGCUUUGCAAGCGUUGGGAGAGAAGGGACAGUCAAAUUUGAUGAGGCCAAGCAAUGA